AUACUUUCCAACUCCUUAAUUACUACAAUCAAUGUCAACAAAAAAGUGAUCUCCAAUGAGCGAUUCCAUGGCAAAGGAUGUAACCACUACUCACGUGAUACAUCAAUCACUAUCACGUGAGCGAGACCCCGCCCAGCAAUUCGGCCUCAACUUCCCAGCUUUUUCCUCCACGACGCUGGUUCGAAUCGCGCCUCGGUCUCUGCCAAUUUCCUGCCACUCGAAAACUCCGUUGUCCAGGCAAUGGCCUGAAAUCGAUUUCCGCUGCAGGGGAAUUUUCCGAAUCGAGAUUGAACAGUACGAGGCAGUGAUUAUGGGGAUAAGAUGGCCCCAAGUCUUCGGGACCUGAUUGAUUAUCUGCUUGCAGAGAUUGCUCUCUGUGGCGACCAAGGUGCAUCACCAUCGGACAUACUAGGGUUCGUUGAUACAUUCUAUGCCAGAUUCUCGCAAGAUGCUCCGGAGCGUAAACACGCCGUGGACAGACGCUUCCAAGACAAAGUCUGGUCCUGGCUGACCAAGAACCCGGAAAUCUCCGUGGGCAAAAACCGAGAAGGAAACCAUCUUGGUCUUCGCGAAGUCGCGGAAUUGUCCAACGAUGAAUCCUCCGCCAAUACACAUGCUCCGACUUUGCAGUCUGGCCCCGUUCGCGUAUUCGUCUCAAGAGAGCGAACAUGGUUAGCAAUCACCGGCCACGAGCCGGAUGAAACCAAGGUUUUGCCCACUGAAUUUGCACUUCUCUCAAUCAUUGCGUCCCGCAAGCACAAAGGCAUUGUUCAGACAGAUCUAGUCAAGGCUAGUGGUCAGGACAAGCGGUCCGUGCCCAAGCGAACAGACGCCCUGCAUCAAAAAGGCUACAUCGAGAAGCGAGCAAUCCAGAUCAAAGCUGCCCGGACAAGUCUGUGCACCCUUCGUCGGUUCCUAACAUCAGAACCCGCUCAGCAACCCGACCAACAUUCCGCAGAGGCUGAUAGAACGCGGAUGAUUGACUUCAAUAAAUUCACCGGGGAGCUCUUUGACAUCUUGAGGGAGUACAAACUGAUUUCCCGCAACGAUCUCAAAUCGAAGCUCGGGUUUGCAGACCACUGGCGCUGGAGAAUCCUGUCCCGGGCGCUACGCAAGUUCGAGCGUAUCGGGGUCUUGAAGCGCGUGAAAGCUUUAUCUCAGUACGCGCAUACUUUGAAAAAGUUUCAUCCAUGCGUUUUGCUCAUUCGGGAGCCUACGGACAAAGAUAUCGAGCUGUUCCAUGAGUUCAGUCGAGGCAUCUUGUCCAAUCUGGAGCAGGAAGAUAAUGUAGAAUUGGACGACGAGUUGGACCAGGAAGGACCGACGGCGGCACCGCAAGCCGCCCCGAAUACCGCUUUGGUGAAGCGGGAGCAAGAAGUGGAAGACGCUGGCCGAAUUCUCCCUUCUUGGAACCCUGACCGCAACAUCCAUAAUCUCAUCUUCGAAACGAUAGAUAAUGCGGGUACCGAGGGUGUCACCAAUCAGGGGAUAAUCAGAAACUGCUUCGGAUACUACUACCGCAGACCACUAGAGAACGCAAUCAGUCGCCUUACAGAUUGCUGGCAGUUAUCACAGCCACUGCAUCUACGUCAUCUGGCUGUGGUACGAGACACAGAGCUUCAACGAACCAUCACGCACUACGUCCACUAUACGGCAUUGAGCUUCCAGGAGCUAGUCAAUGCAGGAGAUGCGCUGUGGGAGGCGGUUGAGUUCCGCCCGAAGAAUGCUAAGGCUGAUAACAUCCGACCACCUCCCGUCGAUGCCGUGCCUCGUUUAGAUCAAUAUGCGCUACCAAUUGAUCCUCCGAGCAAGGAAGUUCUAAAACGCGGUGAAGCUUCCCUUUUGGAGUGUAUUCUCGUCGCCAAGCCACCGAACUACGUUUGCUCUAGUCGAGACCCUGUGGCGGUGCAGCAGCAAAAUGGUACGUAUGUAAUUCAGCAGCGGCUUAAGGGUUCUGCUGGUUUUGGGACUAGUCCGCUACGGCCGAAGUCUACACCAGUCGUGGUCAAAGAGGAGAAUUCCGAAGUCUCCGAUGAAGACAUGGUCGAAGCGAAGCCGGCGAGGAGCCGUAUUAAGAAGCAUGACCCAGAACGUUUCAAGGGCAUGUCCGAGAAAGAAAGACUGAGAGCUAUGGGAUAUGACGAGUCGUGGACAGAUUACAGUGUUUUGCUCAUAGAGCGAUCGAACCCGGGCGUGUACGUCACCCCACGAGGCCGGCGAAGGGCGGCGGGCAACCGACAGGGACGUCCUCGGGCCAGCCGAAUUGCAGUGUUCAAGUCUUCGAGACUGUCAUCCUUCCCGUGGUUCCAGAAUCAGAUUGUCGAAGAGAUUGGCACUCCUGCCAUUCAUUCCCGGUCAUCGCCUCAACCACCCCGACUGGAACAAACGCCUGCGCCUACGUUGGCAGAUUCUGACACGGCUCCCGGGUCCCCAAUGCCUUCCACCUCUACCCAUCAGCGAGGGAGUAAGCGAAGCCUACGGCAGCGUGAGUCGGAUGUUGCAACUGAACCAGGGACUGGAAGCGCUCGAAAGCAACGGAAACUCACUGAGAGGAAGUCGGAAGACGUCGCGGUACCUGUUGAUGCCAACAGCACCAGCCCCUCCAUUCCCAACGAAGGAGAGGACCCAGCUGGCCAGACAAGCCGUGUAGCAUCGAACCAGCGCACGAAACGGAAACGAGCCGUUUCUCCUAAAGAUGGAAACCAAAAGGGAACUGAUCCGCCCGAGACCCCGCAGAAUGGGGACAACGCCGCUACACGCAUUUCCACACGAAACCGAUCUCUUCGGGCACCUGCAAGUGAAGCUAGCCCAUCACCGAAGAAGCCCCGUGCGAACAAUACUCUACGGAAGUGGCUCGCAACAUCUCAAACACCAAAGAGGGCGACACGGAGUAAUGCAGAUGCUGAGCCAACAGCAGAAUCCCUUCCAGCCUCUAAUGGUACCGAUAGCAAAGACAGUGACGCAACGGCUACCCACAUCGACUCUGAUACAGCAAAUGUUGAUAGCACAGAUGAUCAUCCAGCCGCAGAUCAAGUGAAUGUCCCAUCCCCGUCAAUCACCCAAGUUGCGCCCGAGACAGAAGAAGCGGAGACACCAUCUCAGCAAUCAGCGGACAAGCGACGCAAGACCAGAAGCGGAAAAGGCGGAUCGGUUGCUGUGCUUCGCCGGCAUAUCGUCAUGGAAAUCCUGGAUCAAGCUGGAGGAGCUUACCCAAUGGGCACAGAGCUCUGGUAUCCGUUCAUGACCGCAUGGCAGAAGACCCGCUACAAGGAGGUCCCGGACCUUCGCACGGUCAGAUCUGUUGUGAAGGGCUUGGUUGAUGCUGGCAAGCUGAGUCAGUUGACAUUCAGUGGUCGUGAUAGCAAAGGUGUUAUGGUGACGAAGAGCAUCAUCUGUAGAGUGGAAAUGCAGGCCAACGAUCCUCUCAUCAAAGACUUGCAAAAAAAUAUGCUAGCGGCAGACCGAUAUUACUUCCCGGAAAAUGUUGAAAUCGACCCGGAAAUCAAGAAGAAUGGGAGCAAACGCAAAAGAAUCGACGAGGGCCGAUUCAACAAGCGCUUUCCCCAGUUGCCUGACGAGCUCACAGUGCAACUGCAUAACAAGCCAGCGUCUGUUGUUGCGAUCGAGAAAAGGCGAGAUAUGGCCAUGCGAAGGGAAUUGCUCGAACAUAUGGCUAUGGAGGAAGACUUUGAUCCAUUUAGCGGCUCUGAGAUUGUUCGACUCAUGACAUUCCGACGUCGGGCAGGAAAGAACGGGGCCCGGGGGUUAACAUCUAUUGCCAGGCCAUACCCAGUGAGCAAGGAAGAGAGACAGCUACAAAGACGUCGUGCAGCAGCUGAAUUGGCCUCUAUUCGCAAAAUGCGGCGUCUCUGGUCUUCACUGGCUCCAUACUCGAUGCUCAUGAAUACCAAGUCGACCUUCAUACCCACCACGGGAACAUUCUCGACAGAAGCUGGUAUCCCUGCACUGCAGGCCGCCAAAGACCGUGCAAGAGCAGCUGCAAGAAAGAAUAUGCUCAUCCCGGCCACUGAGUUGCCGCAUUCUCUGGAGGACAUACUCAAGUCCCGGAGGCACACUCUUGAUUACUCUACAAGUAGUGAUCCGCGCUCGCGCCAGUUCUUCCAUGAAACCAAUACCAUCUCUCGAUGGGAGCUUGAAAAUGAGGGUCUGCUUGCGCGCAAGAGCUCUGAUAUCACGUUCAUCAAUCAAACGGUGUCGGAAAUGGAAAGCUCUGGCAUAGAAAGUGGUAUACGUUUUGAUUUCGAUGAAAGCUUUGGGGAAGUCAUCACACCGCGACUGUCUGUGACAACCCGGCAGAGACGUCGACGGUCUGAGGCCGCCCCAAUGGCACCUCAAAAUCGCCGGAUAGCCAGAAUCGACGAAUUUAUGGCAGGUGACAACAAAGUACCCAUGUCGAGUCAACAGCUGAACAACCGGAGCACGAUUCUCAAGAGGAACCGGGCUACUUUGUCACCCGAGACGGUUCGGCGGAUCAUGGUUGCUUUUGCUGUUGUACGCAGUCUGGCAGGGGGGUCGGACGCACGUAAUAUUGACUGGAGUCUUAUGUUCCAUUGCUUUCCAGACAUGGACCCGAAAGACGUAGCGGACAGAAGCCGUUUUGUCCUCAACAAAUACCGACUGCAGAUCGUCAAAAUGCAGAGUGAUUUCCAUGAGAGGUUCCUCGAAGCUUAUGCCAACGAUGAAGUGCCACCCAUUGACUACGAUGAUCUAUAUGGCUAUGACUGGGAGGGAGUGGUCGAUUGGGCAAGCCUUCAUCUCGACAUACCCAAAUCGGAGAGAGUUCCUGAUUUACCAGCUACAAGGGAGCAAUUGGAUGGCAUGUUCGAUGUCCGGGAGGAGCCAACAAACGCUCUGGACGAACUGUACCAUGCCAAUCAGUCGACCACUCUUAGCCGCAAACGCGCGUUGGCAGCCGGGGUCACAUUCGCCAUGCCAUUAGCCAACAAGAUGACUGGGACCCAGCCGCGAAAAGCCGAAUUGGGCCGUCUGGAAGUAGUCAAGACGUGGGUUCGGGCGAAUGUCAUAACGCCGGAGCCAACGUACCGCCCGACGGAGGCCCGACAAAGUCUGGAACGAUUUGGAGAACCACUUGUCCACCAGGCGCUGCAAUCGCUGGUCACAGAACGUGCUCUUUAUAUGGGCAACCGGGGUCGCAUCACUCCAGGACGCAACUACGAUAUUACAGAGUACUUCUUGCUCGCCAUCAGCAAGCGACGAGCUAUUGAGAGCACCGAGCUGCGCCGGGCCCAUCGGUUCAAGGCAGAGAUAUUGGAUUCCGCGCUUCGGGAUCAGGGAUUCGCUGAAAUUGACUGGAACGCGGAAGACGGGGACAUACUUGUGGUCAUUAACAUGCUCUCAGCUGGUCGGAUAGUUCUCAAACCGCGUGACCCGCCCAGGGACAGAUAUGGCUUGACGGAGGGUGGGUAUCUGACACGACAGAUGGACAAGAAGAAGCUUAGGUUUGUGGUUGAGAUUUGGCCCACGGACUCUUAUGUAUUUGGGAAUCCGGUGCAGGAGAAGAUGAGUGCGGUGACGCCGCCGCGUUUGCCUGAAAGUAUCGACCCGGUGACAUCGUUACCAGCGAAAAUUCCGUUGUGGUAUGAUAUUCAUGGAGACUUCGUCCGAGUGCUGUGGGACUUGGCUAUCGCGGCAGUGGUGGGAUGUGUCGCAACGAGGCCUGGGAUUAGCGCUCGUAGCAUUGCCGCCAUGUUGAAACCGACGAUGGGAGGGUGGGAGGUGCAGCUCUUGCUCGAGUGGAUGAAGGAGGUUGGGGUGGUGAAGCUGGAUUGGACGGGGAUGGAGACGAAGCAUGACGAGGACGAGCCGGGCUGGAAAGUGGAUGAGUGGUGGUGGAUGGUGCUGAACUGAUCUAUGAUCUGAGAUCUCACAGGUAAGACUUGGAGAAUCUGUACUGUACUAUACAGGCGUUGAUGACCAGGUUUUGGGUUGGUAAGUAUUGAUGCUGGAUAAGUACAGUAGUUGGUAGUUGUUGUUUACUAACACUUUGUUUGUCAAUGUGUUAUACUUGCCAUAGUUUUCUGUUCUGUAUAUAACCAUUCUGAACUUG